AUGGACGCUUUUGUCUCCAGGAAGAGGCCCCGGUUGGCCCAGUCGCCCCAGCCAUCGACUCCACCGACAUCCACGACAUCGUCCGACGAGGAAUCGACGGAGGUGAAAUUGGCAUUGCUCUUGUCCGUUUUCCCUAAUGUAAAGCAGGAAGCUCUGCUGGAUACUCUGGUCUCAUGCGGUGGCUCUGUCAAAGGGGCUUCAUCAGUCCUCUCGACACCGCAGAAUCAGCAGCAGCAGCAGCGACGAACAGCCAGCAUGGAGCCCGCUACAACGACAACAAGCUCCUCAAAGAAACGAGCCACACCCUCCAGAAUCCAAACAUCCCUCCUCUCACACUUAAAACCGUCCCCAAAACCCAACGCCAACCUUCCAUUCCCAAGAAAACCCCAACGACAAGAACAACUCCUCACCCGCAAAGGUCGGACCCUCCACCUCUACACCCCCCAAGACAUAGCCACCCACACCCCCUGUACAAUAAUCCACAACUUCCUCCCCACCCACACAGCAACCGCCCUCCUCCAAGAACUCCUGCACGAAUCCCCACACUUCUCCCGCCACAGAUUCCAACUCUUCGAACGGACAGUACAAAGCCCGCACUCUGCUAGUGUCUACGUUUCUACUCCCGAGGAAUACCGCCAGCAAACAUCUGAGUAUACAUACGGUGGAACAUACCGGUCGAAUGUUCGGCAGGUCACGCCGCAUAUGCGCGACGUCUCAGCGAAAGUGCAGGAUGCCGUGAACGAAGAAAUAAGGAGGCGGAUCCGGGAUGUUUAUCCCGGGGGAGAGAAAUUAAGGUAUCAGUCGCCGAAGACGUGGAGGCCUAAUGCGGCGUUUGUGAAUUGCUAUGAUGGACCAGCGGAGAGCGUGGGGUUUCAUUCGGAUGAGUUGACGUAUUUGGGGCCGAGGGCUGUCAUUGGGAGUUUGAGUUUGGGGGUUGAGAGGGAGUUUCGGGUUCGGAGGGUUGUUGCUGAUGAUGACGGUGACGACGAUAGUGAUACAACGGCACAAAAGCAGAAACAGAAUGCACGUGCGGAUGCCCAGGGACAGAUCUCCAUUCAUCUACCCCACAACUCCCUUCUAGUCAUGCAUGCGGAGAUGCAAGAGGAGUGGAAACAUGCCAUCACCCCGGCUAAGACUGUGAAUCCGCAUCCUGUGUCUGGGAAUCGGCGGAUAAACAUCACUUAUCGUUGGUAUCGCGACUCCCUUCAUCCGCGGUGUACCCCAAAGUGUCGUUGUGGGACGCAUGCUAUCUUGCGCUGUGCGCAGCGGAAGCGAGGAACCAGGGGCAGAUACAUGUGGAUGUGCUAUGCGGUUUUUGCCCCUGGGGGCAAAGGAUGCUCAUUUUUCCAGUGGGCAGAGUUUGACGAUGAUGGUGAACCACUAUGGGCGAACAAGCCCACUGAGGAGCAGGCUCCUACGUUGACCAACUUCGUAGCUUCACAGUCAUCAGACGACAAGGGUAGAUAA